AGAAAGAGAACGAGCCAACAGAGGUCUGUGCAAGGGUCUGGGAAUAUCGGCAACACCUUCAUUAGGUGGGAUACAACACUGACAUACCACUAUUUGGGGGAAAGCUGGCAAACAUAAUUUGGAAGUCUUAUUGUGAGAAGGAUCCCCUCAAUCCACACGACUCUCUAAAGUAGGUGUUUUUAUAGAGACCGUCAAGUAUAAUCUCCAGCUUUGUGGGGGUCACAACAUGCAUGGACUGGUAGUUUGACAUUGGAAUUGCCUUUCUGGGUUUCAGUCAAGUUGUAAGGGAUUCAGUCAUAUUUCCAGUGUUAUUCUUGUUGUUUUUUUGUAAAAUGGCAUCAGACUUGACAGCUUCUACUGCUAAUCAUGACAGUUAGAGAAUGGACUUUUCUGGACAUUCUUCCAUGAGCUGCUCACUCCCCCCUCAGCUCUGCGGCUGAACCAGAGUGGGUGUAGGGCAGCAUCAGGGGGACUCAGGCUGCUCAUGAUGGGGAACGUCAUACGUGGCGCUGUGGCCUUCAUCCCCUCCGAGCGCUGCCAGCGUUUCCUGGUGGGCGACCUGAAGGAGAUGCCUCUCGAUCGGACACUAGACCUGAGCAAACUGCAGCUGCGUCGUCUUCCUGUGGCUGCCUGCCUGUUCAAUGAGCUGGUCAAGCUCUACCUAAGUGGCAACAACCUGAGCACCCUACCUGCAGACUUGCAGGGCCUGAGGAAGUUGCAACUCUUAGCUCUUGACUUCAACUGUUUCGAGGAGCUGCCUGCGGCUGUGUGUCAGCUACCUCAGCUUAACAUCCUGUAUCUGGGCAACAACCAGCUCUGGUGCCUCCCCCGGGAGCUGGGCGAGCUGAAAGAACUUAAUACCCUGUGGUUGGAGACUAACUGUUUCACUCAGUUCCCCAGUGUGGUCUGCGACCUCCCCAACCUCAAGACGCUCCAUCUGGGGUACAACCAGAUAAGCAAACUGCCCAUGGAGCUCGGUGGGUUAGAGGAGCUGAGGAGUAUCUGGCUAGCCGGGAACCAGCUGUGUGAGUUCCCGCCAGUGUUGCUCGCCAUGCACCUUCUGGCCGUGAUCGAUGUGGACCGCAACAAAAUCCGCCGCUUUCCUGGUCUGUCCCACUUGCAGGGGUUGAAACUGGUAAUCUACGACCACAACCCCUGUGUGAAUGCACCUGUGGUCGGGGAGGGGGUCAGAAGGGUUGGACGCUGGGCAGACAGCUCGGAUGAUGAAGAGGAUGGUGAGGAUGGGUUGAAAGUGUGUGAGACUCUGACUGAGGUGAAGGAACUUGCCUCCGAGGGACAACUGGACUCACUACUUGAAAAGGGUUGUGGAAGCAUCUGACCUUCAACCGUGGCUAAACUGGGGAACAGGAUGCCAGUCAAGUGGAGCACUUACUGGAGAACGACCACUUACUGGAGAACGGCCAGCAGCCAGGCCUGAUGGUGUUUUGUUCCAAAUAUGGUCAGGCCAAUGAUAUGGACCUAAACACAGAUGACAAAUAAUAAGCUGUUACGAUUGGUUUCCAUCAUGAUGAAACAUGGACCUCACGAAGAGUGACAGGAGGAAUCUGAUAUGAAGUUCUCUACUUUUACAUCACUGUCUGCAGACUUGAAGGAUUUUCUUUUGCUCGUAUUCAGUUAAUUUUACAGGUUAUUUUCCAAUUCAAUUAAUUUCUGGAGACAUGAACCCCAGGGCACACCACGUCAUUUCAACAUGGAAAUUGGGGUAAUAUUGUUGAGACGUUGAUCAAUGAUAUUUCAACCUUUAAUCACCCACUCAAAAUGACAGACAGAAGUUUGUUGUAUUCCCAAUGUGUUAUCACUAUGGUUUCAACCAUCUGAAAGCACAACAAAAUUCCAAUAGAAAAACCAUGUUUGAUUUUUUUGUUUUGUUGUCAUCUAAAAUGUGUUAUCACAGCACUUUAAACCAUUUUAAAGCACAACAAAGUUAGAAUGAUAAUACAAUGUCAGAUCUUUUGUAUUUAUACAACAAUUUAAUGUGUUAUCACUGUGCUUCAUCUAAUAGCAGAACCAAAUUACUUGGAUUGCAGUUGAGAUUACAUUAAAAGUACAUAUUACAAGUGAUCAAUGCUGUUAGAGAUUCUGCACAGAUUAUUUAAGCAUUUGUGAAGAGCUCCACAGACCUGCGACCUUUGCAUCUUGAACAAGCAUGCUUUCUAUGAUUACAGAAGAAGACAUUUAUAGUUACAUUAGCGUAACCUCAACAUGCGGUCAUGGAUGUGUUAGUCAUUUUAAGAUUGAAUAAAUACUAUUAUAU